AUGCGCAAAUGGCUUGCAGCACCGUUUGAGUUUACCGCCAUCCCUGUGUCUGUGCUCACUGUCGUGGUGUAUGGCACUGUCUUUGCAGCGGUCUUGAGCACUGAUCAGCUCUACAAUGUACCGAAGAACACAAAAGGUUUGGAUGUGGACCGGGCAUACGCAGACCUACACCAGAUAACAGCGCGCCCGCACCCCUACCUCUCUCACGCAAACGACGACGUGCACGCCUACCUCCUCUCCCAGCUCGAGCCUGUUGCCGCGGCGCAGGCAUAUGUCCACCUCUCCGAUGACCUCACCUCGAACGCGUCCUGGGUCGUCGGCGGGCACGGGGUCUACUUCGAGGGGACGAACAUCCUCGUCAAGGUCGACGGCGCCGAGGCUGGCGCAGACGGCGUGCUCUUUUCAGUCCACUACGACUCGGUGUCCACCGCGCCCGGCGCGACAGACGAUGGCAUGGGCGUCGUGACGCUGCUCGAGCUCGUGCGCUACUUUGCCGUGCCAGAGAACAGGCCCCGCCGCACAGCCGUGUUCUUCUUCAAUAACGGCGAAGAGGACGGCCUGAAUGGCGCAUACGUGUAUUGGAAGCAUCCGUGGUCCAACCUCACCUCGUCCUUCAUCAACCUUGAGGGCGCAGCAUCUGGCGGCCGGCCGUUGCUGUUCCGCUCGACCUCCUUGGCUCCCACUAGGGCCUAUGCGUCGAAAGCCAUCUCCCACUUGCAGGCAGAUGUCCUCACCGCGGACGCCUACAAGCGCGGAGUAAUCAGGAGUUACACUGAUUACCAGGUGUAUGCUGCUGGCUUGAAAGGGACUCUGGAGCCUAUGGCUGGUCUCGACAUUGCCUUUUACAAGAACCGCGCUUACUAUCACACGCCGCGCGACUCGAUUGCUGGCAUGGGCUACAACGAAGGCCGCAAGGCACUGUGGGCCAUGAUGGAGAGCGCGAGGGGCGCGGGCCUCGCGCUUCUCAAUGACGACGACACGGUUAGCGCCAAUGCGGAACCCGCCGUAUACUUUGAUUUGUUCAGAACCAAGUUGGUCGUAUUCCCCUUGCGUUCGCUGUUCAUCGCGAAUGUCGCAUUCCUCGUUAUUGGUCCCAUCGUCAUAUUGAUCCUGCUCGGAAUGGUGCUGCUCGCUUUUGCAAAAACCCCACAGGAACAUGCUGCUGAGGAGCAAGUUCAGCACGAUAAAUGGGCAAAGACAAAAAUUGUCCUCAGACAAGCUUUCGGAUGGAGCCGCUUCUGGAUCGCGCUCGUCGUGGGGAUCGCAGCGCAUGUAGGCCUAGUAGCAGGUUUUGUCCACCUCAAUCCAUACGUCGUCCACGCGCAUCCCUUCCUCGUCCUCACAACAUACCUCUCGCUUUCCUUCCUCGCAAUCACUGCCCCGCUACACCUGUUUCAACAUUUCAUACCGGCAUCUCCCUCCUCCGAGAAGCUCGCAGUGCUGCUUGAGCACUACCUCCUCACAUGGGCCUUCCUCGUUUUCUCUACCGUCGAGAUCCAGAAAUACCAGAUCGCCGGGCUCUACUGGAUCACUGUCUGGAAUGUUGGCGCCCUGAUCGCCUCUAGCGUGGCCCUGACCGAGAGCACUAAUGGGUCGGGGAGCAGGUUUGUGCCUGGGGUGCUAUACGAAGCACCUGCGCAUGACGUUGCCAAUGGUCGAGACGAGGAACUUGGCGGCGAAGCGGAGGGGGAACCUGUUGAGACGGAGGCGACCGAGAUCACUCCCCUCAUGCAUCAACACCGUCCCGACGGGGCGGACAGUGCUGCAGACCUCAAAUAUCAGGAGCAUGGAUGGUGGAUCGCGCAAUUGCUGGUCUCUGUGCCUAUGGUAGCGGUGCUUGUGUUCCAGCUGGAGCUGUUGCAGCUGCAGGCUUUGAUGAAUACCUUGGUUGAUGGUAGCAGCCCGCUGACAGUGUAUGGAAGCUUGUCUGCCCUGUCUAUGCUGGUUUUUAUUCCGCUGGCACCAUUCGCUCACAAAGUCAGCCGAUGGUUGACCGUCGUCGCGACAGUGGUCUUCGCCGUGUCGCUCACAAUAUCAUGGACGGUGUUCCCGUUUACCCCAGAGAAGCCCUUCAAAGUUUACUUCCAGCAGCGGGUCGAGAUAGGUGCCCCGACCAUUGCAACGCCGUCCAGUUAUCCCGCCCUUGUUACCAAUGCCGACUACCCGGGGACAGGAAGUGCUGACAGUGCUGCCUCUCACUCUGUACGGGCAAUCACGACGCUGACCGGAUUGGAGGGAUAUGUGGACCACUUGGCCAUGCGGGAGAUGCCUUCUUCGAGGAACAAGGGCACCCUGUGCUAUCUGGAUACAGUCCUCAAGCCCGGCUUGCGUGUCUGCGAGUGGGAGAGCGACCUCCUACCGUCGCCAGGGGGCGAUGUCACGAGCGGCCGUGAUUUGGAGUGGCUCGAGGUGAAGACCGAGCGCCUCAAUGCGACGAGGGCCGUCAUCAAAUUGAAGGGGACAAAUACCCGCGGAUGCAGGCUGUAUUUCGACAAGCCGAUCACUUCUUACGCCAUUUUGGACGGAGACGCAGCGGGAGGAGAGCUUCUUCCAGGCUACGAGAUGCCGGACGGGGGCGUGAACGAGCUGCGACUGUGGACGCGGACGUGGGGCAAGCCGUUUGUCGUGGAAUUUGGAUGGGACGGAACGGAAGUGACGGACGUCGCCAUGCGCGGCCGUGCCGCGUGCGAGUGGGCGGAGUACGCGAGUGCAUCGGCCGGCGGAAGCAGUCCUGCUGCACACAGUGCUCUGAUACCCGCAUUGGAGGAAGUCCGCGCGUUCUUGCCAUUAUGGGCACUCCCUAGUAAGGCGACGGACGGAUUGGUCGAGACCUGGACGAGGUUCGAAGUAUGAUCAAGUCUCCGAGAUGAGACACUCGGAUGCAGGAUUUGUGGUCUUGUCUUUUCUGUGUGCUCGUUGUACUUGUAAUACGCUUGAAGACCCAAAGCAGCUUGAUGUACGGUG